AUGCCCGAAGGAACCUUCAUACAUCAGACAAAGUAUGUUCAUGAUGUUCUGGAGAAAUUCGAGAUGUCUGGAACUGCUCCAAUGUCCACCCCGUUUGCAAUGAAUCAUGGUAUAAACCCUGAUCUCACCGGAGAGAAGGUCGAUGAAACGUUAUAUCGCUCCAUGAUCGGAUCGCUGAUGUAUUUGACAGCAUCAAGGCCAGAUAUAAUGUAUCCAACCUGCCUCGCGGCCCGAUGUCAAUCAAGUCCCAGAGCCUCGCAUAUGACAAUUGUUAAGAGGAUAUUGCGCUACCUGAAAGGAACUCCAAGAUUGGGGUUGUGGUAUCCAAAGGAUGGUGACUUCACGCUUGAAGGGUACUCUGAUUCUGACUUCGGUUGCUGCAAAGUCAAUGCUAAAUCAAAAACUGCAGGUUGCCAAUUUUUCGGACCCCGACUGGUCACAUGGCAAUGUAAGAAGCAAACCUCUAUUGCUUUAUCGACAUGUGAAGCCGAGUAUGUAUCUGCUAGCAGCUGCUGCUCUCAGAUCUUGUGGAUUCAGCAACAGAUGCGCAACUACGAUUUAACCACCGUGACACCAGCUGACCAAGUCCAAGUCAAUGACCUUGGUCAACAAUUGACCCACCAAGUCCAAAUUAAUGGCCUUGGAUGA